GCUGUAAUCUGCUGCAUGGGCCGAUGGCCGGGGCGGGGCGUCGCCUCGGGAUGCCCCGUGUCCGGGGCAGGGACCCGCGCUCGCCGGGCGUGACCCCUGCACGGGGCUGGCCGCGCUCAGGCCCCGCCCGGGCCCCGCACUCGCCGCCCGCCGGGAAUGGAGCCGGAGCGGAGCUUCUCGGGCCGCCGGGCCCUGGUGACCGGGGCGGGCAAAGGGAUCGGCCGGGCCGCGGCCCUGGCGCUGAGCGGAGCCGGGGCCCAGGUGAUCGCGUUGAGCCGGACGCAGGCGGACCUGGAGAGCCUGGAGCGGGAGGAUACCAGGAUUGAGACACUCUGUGUAGACCUGGGUGAUUGGGACGCCACCAAGGCAGCACUGAGCAAGGUGGAUGCCAUUGACCUGCUGGUAAAUAAUGCAGCUGUGGCUGUGCUACAACCCUUCCUGGAGGUGACCAAGGAGGCCUUCGACAGGUCUUUCGAUGUGAAUCUUCGGGCCGUGUUUCAUGUUUCCCAGAUCGUUUCCCGGCAGAUGAUUGCACGGGGAGUGCAAGGAGCGAUAGUGAACAUCUCAAGCCAGGCAUCUCAGCGGGCUCUACGGGAUCAUGCUGUCUACUGUUCUACAAAAAGUGCCUUAGAUAUGCUGACCAAGGUGAUGGCUCUGGAGCUGGGACCCCACAAGAUCCGGGUGAACAGCGUGAACCCCACUGUGGUUAUGACCGACAUGGGGCAAAUUAACUGGAGUGAGCCUCAGAAAGCUGCUGCCAUGAUCAGUCGAAUUCCUCUGGGGAAGUUUGCAGAGGUAGAUGAUGUGGUGAACAGCAUCCUCUUCCUGCUGAGUGACAAGAGCGCUAUGACAACAGGUGUCUCACUGCCGGUUGAUGGGGGUUUUCUCGUCUCCUAAGAUGAUACAUCUGCGUUGGCACCCCAAGGAGAGAAUCAUUCCUUAGUUUUCAUGCUAUUGUUACUAGUGAUUCUAAACAUGAUGGAGAGACAGUGAGUUGCUCAGAUCACAAGCCGUGAGGGGAGGGGUAGACGGAUAUUAGCAGGGUUGAGACCUGUCAGAAAAGUGACAGGUCAUUCCACUGUUGGCAGCAUGGCUGUUCCCUGAGAAAAGCUGUGCUCUCUGCUCCGAACAAAGCCUACACACUCCUUCAUGGAGAAUGUUUAUUAUACCAAAAUAAGAGGUGUUUAUCUUGUCACUCUACAUGAUGAUUAGAAACAGGACCUGUCUUUAUUCUGACCCUCUCCCCCUAAAACCCUUCAGAAGCUCUCCCUGCUCCAUCCAAACCGAUAAAGCCCAUCACCAUACUCCCAGCAGGAAAGGGAGGGAGUAGCUACCAGACUCCUCACUGCCUCUUUUAUGGCUUUUGAUAGAAAAAAGAGGCAACAACCUCAGCCCUGCUCUGCAGAGACUGGCUGGGGGAGGAGAGGCCCCCUGCUAAACAUCCUUCUGCCAUGACUGAUGGGCAGAGAACAGCGCCCAAGGUAGUGCCCUAAAAGGCACUAAGUGCACAAGACUGUUUCACUCACUGAGCUUGACUAGUGAUUAGUACUCAAUAAAGCUAAUAGUUAUUCCUUCA